AUGAAGGGUUUCUACAUAGUCAUCCUAUUUCUACAUGGAUUUGCGUUGGCGCUGUUAGAGGAGAACAUAGUUGCCUUCGAACCUAUCGACGGUUCCAUUGAAUUUGGCAAUGCUCCUAUAUUGCGAGAUGCAAGCGAUCCGGUGGGUGUCAAAAUUGCUGUGGACAGUUUAGCCGGUGACCUGGAAGAAGUGACUGAUGUCAAGCGUCGCGUGCUCGUUUGGAAUGAAACUGCAUCCGUUGUUCAAGCAGAGCCGUCUACCUCUGGGUUAGUUAUAAUCGCGGCAACACUCGGCUCGCCAUUGGUAUCUCGGCUUGAAGAAGAUGGCAAGAUCAAUGUUGAUGAUAUCCGUGAUAAAUGGGAGAGCUUUCGCACUGUUCUUAUCGAUAGUCCUCUGCCUGGGAUCAAACAUGCUCUCGCAAUUGUUGGUAGUGACAAGCGAGGAACUAUGUUCGGCGUCUUUACGCUCACGGAACAGAUUGGAAAAUCCCCCCUCCAUUGGUGGGCCGAUGUUCCAGUCAUAAAGCACCAGACGAUUUAUGCCCUGAACAAAACUACAACACAGGGAGAGCCCAGCGUCAGGUAUCGCGGUAUAUUCAUCAACGAUGAGGCGCCCGCUUUGACAGGCUGGUGGGCAAAGCAUGCCAGUGUGGACGAUUAUACCUUCAGUGCUGAGUUCUACGAACACGUCUUUGAUCUGUUAGUUCGUCUCAAAGCCAAUUUUCUGUGGCCGGCUAUGUGGGGAUCUUUCAUUCCUACCCCUGGCAGAAGCUUUUUCACGGAUGACCUGCGUAAUCAACAGCUUGCGGAUGAUUACGGGAUUGUUAUAUCAACUAGCCACACUGAGCCAAUGCAGCGCUCUUCUAAUGAGUGGAAGAUAGACCCGACACGGGGCGCCUGGAACUGGCUUAGCAACAAGGAGAACGUUGUCAAAUUCAUGGAAGAAGGCGUUAAACGUGCGGGUGAUAAUGAGACUUACUUUACACUAGGCAUGCGCGGAGAAAAUGAUAGUCCUAUCGAAGCGGACGAUCCUAUCGCAGUGCUGAGGGAUGUGUUUAGCACUCAAAGAGAGCUGCUUGCCAAGUAUCAUGGCAAUAAUACCUCUCUACAGGCAUGGGCAGUCUACAAAGAGGUUAUGACCUAUUACACAGCUGGUCUGGUUCCUCCCGAUGAUGUGACAUUGAUAUUCCCCGAUGAUAAUUGGGGCAAUGUUCAACGACUGCCUACGGAGGAGGAGCGACAGAGGUCUGGUGGUAUUGGUCUUUACUACCACUUUGACUAUGUUGGUAGACCGAAGAGCUGGAAAUGGCAAAACAACAACAAUCUGCCCAAAGUAUACAAAGAGCUGUCACAAGCCUACGAGCGGGGAGCGAACAGAGUUUGGGUCAUUAAUGUUGGCGACAUCAAACCUAUGGAAAUUCCUCUCUCAUUCGCCCUGGAUCUUGCGUGGAAUGUGUCCCAGUUUGAUUUCAACACCAUCCCCUCAUACCUCAAAGCUCUAGCUACGCGAGAUUUUGGUAACGAGUACGCCGACCAGAUUGCAUCGGCUCUGAUGGAAUAUAGCCACCUAGCGGGUCUGCGCAAAUUUGAAAUGCUGGAACCAACGACAUAUUCCAUCCUCAACUUCCGAGAGGCCGAGCAGGUGCUCGAUGAGUGGAGAAAGCUGGCCGAGAAAACACAAGAAAUUCAGCAGUCCUUACCUAGCGACCGCCACGAUGCUUGCUAUCACCUCCUAACUUAUCCUGCGAUGGCGGGAUUCAACUACUACCAGACAAUCCUUGGCCAGGGCAAAAACCGCCAAUACAGCUUCGAACGCCGGAACUCAGCCAACAUGGUAGCGGGACACGUACUCGAGUACUUUGAGGAAGAUUAUGACUUGACAUUGGAGUAUGACAACCUUGCAGAUGGCAAAUGGGAGGGCAUCAUGUCGACUCCCAAGUUUGAUAUGGGCAUUGCAGACUGGCGUCCCUCAUCACGCGACGUCGUCGCUAAUCUAUCGUAUGUGCAGCUACGGCAGGACUUUGAUUACGCAUUUGGCAACCUGGGUAUCUUCGUCGAGCAGUCGCUUAGUGCAUAUCGCCAAGGUCGGAUCUGUGGGUCUAUCAAUCCCUCCCUACCAACUGAGGAAGGCUUUUCACCAGUGCUCCCGCUUAUGGAUCCCUAUGGUCCAGGAUCACGGCUCAUUGAGCUCUUCCACCGCACACUCUCGAAAGAACACCCCGAGGAACGCCUCGAAGUCUCGAUCGACUGGACCGCCGCCCCAAGCAACUUUACCGAAACGAUUCAGCUACGCGUAGAAUGGGAACCGUCUCCGUAUUUUGAUUUAAUCCACAUUCCAAUCCGCAACCACCGCGUCCCGACCAACUUCACCGGCUUCCCUGAGUCGGGCGGCUUCGUCUCCAUCGAAGGCCCGCAUUUCCAACGCUCCUCAUCGGAUACUGUAUCUUUCAAACAUAUCCCAUAUCUAGGGUCGCGAUCUCGGUCUGGAUCCAUCGCACUCCGGCCGUAUAUGCAAGCUCGAGAAUCUGAAGAUGACGCAAAAGCUGUGUGGGUUGAGUACGACUUCUACCUCUUCAAUUCCACUGACUCAUUCAAUGCGACUGUCUACGUCAAUGGCGCCCUCGACACGGAUCCCAACCUACCGAUGAAAUUCUCGUUAUCAAUCGACGGUCAAGAGGCGAACUUCACAAGACUACUGGGCGAGCCUGAAAAGGCGGGGGAUACGCCUCCUGGAUGGACAGAGGCAGUGGCGGACCAUGUUUGGACGAGGGAUAUUGAGAUUGCGGCUCUUGACCAGGGCCUGCAUACACUCAAGUGGAUGGUGAAUUCGCCAGAGAUAUAUCUGGAGAAGAUUGUUCUUGCGCUGGAGGGGCAUUUAGAUAGCUAUCUCGGCCCGACGGAGAGUGCACUGAUGGGUUGA